UUUAAAUAAUAUAAAAUUAUGGAUAAUUGUAGUUUUUACAAUCUAGAUAAAGUUUUUCAACAUUUUAAAAUCGUGGAAUUUCCAACAUCUUUCAUCGGCCUCUCCACUAGUCAAGUAUUGGAUGUAGAAACAGACAUUAACAAAAGUGCCUACUUGAAAACUAUUUGUAAUGGAAACCUUGUGAAAUUUGAAGAGGCUCGUGAAAUAUCUGCAUUCCAUAGAGCCUUUACAAUAACUCAAUAUACCGAAAGAUCAGUAGAAAUCACAUUUACACCAAGUUCUGAAUGCGUUUCUAAUGCGAAAAGGAAUAAAAAUUUUGAUAAUCAGUUUGUUUUCGACUUGCGAUUAAUUAAAGUGGAUGGAAGCAGAUGUUGUUAUAAUGAAUAUCAUUCCGAAGUUGGUAGAUAUUACAUAAGUGGCCAGUUUGAUUAUUGCAUAUUAUCUCAUACGCCAGAAAAGAUUGAAUUUGGUGAUAUUAUGCUGAAUACUAAAAAAUCUAAAUGUAUUCGAAUUUGGAAUAAAUCUAAACUUAACUCGGCAAACAUUAAGUAUGCACUUGUAUCUGGUUUUGAAGUAAUACCAAAUAAAUUUUGCAUUCCACCAAACUCCUCAAAAAAAAUACAGAUAUCAGUUAAACCAAAUCAAGUAAAAAUGAAAGAUCGUAUUGUAUUUCAAAUAAGAAAUCCGCACGAUAAAAUUGAUACUGAAGGAGAUAAUAAUAAUUAUAUUGAGUUUACUGUCCAAAUUAGUUUGAAUGUUACAUAUCAUAAGAAACACACUGAUGUUAAAAUAGAAUCACUUCAUAAAUUAAAUGAAAAAAGUCACUUGUAUACGUACUUAGGUAAGGAGUUGGACACACGAUUGAAACGUAAAGAAAUUUCAAAAAAAUAUUUGCAAAUAUCAAAAUCAUGCCAUACCAAAAAAUCGAUUCAUGAAACUUUUUGUACUGGUAAAGAUAGAUGUUAUUCAGAUGUAUCGAUCAAAGUGCCAACGCAGCGGCCAAAUUUUUGUGAUAAGCCAGUAGAGUUGAUAACAGCGUAUGACCUCUUUGACGUUGUAUUUAUGCCUUUCUGCCUGAACUUCGGAAAGGUAGCUAUAUCUACCUAUGGAGAACAUGAAAUUACAAUUAAAAAUAAAACUAAAUUUGAAUUUUGUGUUGAGUUUCUGAAGGACAACUUUGUGUUGUAUAUGCAAAAUAAAAAUUGUACUCAUAAAGUAAACCUUCGUGGAUUUACAGAGAAAAAAAUUGUUGUCCAUUGCUUAGGUGUUAAGGAAGGUACAUUCACUGGAAAUUUUAAGUACAAGAUUGCCCAGAAAUAUUUACGGAACCAACCCUACAUGUUAGAAGUUGGAGAUCCAGUCUUAUCAUGUUACGAAAGAAGUUUGAAAUUUGGAAUGGUUACAACGGAGGGCUUUGUAACAUCCGUGCCGAUUCGAGUACACAAUCAUUUCAAUUUACCAGUUACCUUUAAAUGGGAUGAACUUCUCCUGGAUACACCAUUUGAAAUAAUACCGAAACAUGGUACAGUACCCAAACAUUCAUGUAAGAUAUGUGAUGUUUUAUAUAUAUGCAAAUGUACAAAAACUAAAAUUCAUGAAGUAGACUUAAUAUCUGAAAGCUACAAUACUGUUACUAUUCCAAUUGAACUAAGUCUUAUCACAAGAAAAUUGACAAUAAAGUUUUUACAACCAGCAAUUUUAUUUAAGGAUAUUCCACUGAAUAUUGAAACAUUCGAAAAAGCUAGGCUAGAAAACUCUUCGCGGGAAGUAGCUGUAUUUUAUGUUGUAGAGCCACUUAUUCCUGGGUUUAAAAUUGAACCUAUGUCUGGUACUAUUCGGCCAAAAAUGAUAGUUAAUUUUCAGAUAAGUGUCAAAAUUCCGUGUAUUUUGGAGUUUGCCUUUGAUAUUUUUGUGAAAAUAAACAAUAAGGAAAACGUUAUAUUACCUGUGAGUGGUAAUGUUGUUGAACCAAAAAUCAUCCUACACCCAAAGAAUAUUUACUUGUCAAGAAUACCAUGCAAUAUGAUAACGUAUAUACCAGUUGUUUUCCAAAAUAUAAGUACAUUAAAAACAAAUGUUGAAGUAUUGAACAUGGGUGAUGAUAAUAUAUUCAAUGUUUAUAUUGCUGUUGGAAAUGAAAGACAAAGAAUUUACAACUUUGUUGUUGAAGCAGGACAAUCAAAAACUGUUCUUAUAAAAGUAUAUGAUACUUUUCGAAGAGAAUAUGAAAUGUACAUUCCAUUCAAAAUCAAUGACUUAUUAGGACCACCUUCUAGUGAAUCAUCAUCAACAGAACUUCAGUAUUAUAUCGGAGAGCAUGAGAAAUUGUAUGAAAAUAAUCCCAAAGCUAAAGUAAAGCCCUUGAACAAGGACAUAACUUAUUGCCGUAUAACAGGGGUUAUUACAGUACCGUGGGUCGAAUUUUCCGUUGAUAGUUUUGAAAUAGAAUACUUUCCCAAUCACUCAAAUCUUAUUGAGUUCACUAUGACUAACAUAUCGAAAUACUUUUUACAUGUUACAAUUUUGACAACUAAGUUGGCGCCCCAUUUUUCAUUAGACCUGAGCCUUGAGGAAAAUCAUACCGUUAGUAAUGAUUCGCAAUUAAAAUUUGAAUUGGAUCGAGGUAUGACGGUAGCGUUUGUUUUAAGAUUUCAUCCUAAAAGUCAUGGAAAAUUCACAUCCAUUGCACCAUUAUAUUUAGACAAGCAAAUGACGAUUCCGUAUUACAAUUUAACGUUCACUGGAAAAAGGCAAACCCCGUUGAUGUUUCCAAGUCCGUCAAGGCUAAUUUAUGCACCAGCUUAUCCUAAUCAAGAAAUUACUCAAACCCUGACUUUAAAACUGGAAUUAUUGUCACCUAUUGAAGAUUUCUCAUAUAGUACAAAAGAAGAAGCAAAUAUUUCAGUAAACUUUACGGGCACUGAAAUAAUAACAGUUGAUGAUUUAACAUAUACAUUGUUGUACGUAAAUGUAAAAGUGUGCUCCAACGAACCUUGUUCACGAAAUAUAACCUUAAGUUUUAGCCAUUGCUGUGGAUCUUAUAGUGACGUAGAAGUUAGUUUUACUUUUACCUACUGUCCUCUAACUUUGCACUCAAGAUUGUAUGUAUCACCAGAAGAAAAUCCCUAUCCUUUCUAUCCUCUUAAGGAACAAAAAGAAUUUUAUGAAUAUAUGGAAACCUGCACGAAUUUUCUUGAAAAAUGGAUGUUUCAACAAGGCUUCCGAAGAGAUUUAUUUCCAGUUAUACCUGAUACAUUUCACGCAAUAUCGUCGUCAAUUUCUUCUCAAGCCGGUACGAAAUCUAAGGGCAUAAAUGUGUCAUAUCUAAAUUUUAUUAAAAGAAUCGCGGGGCCACUUAUGAAACAUAUAAGGAAAGUAGUUGCAACUGGAAUGGACGAAUCAUUUAAAUACGUCAAGGAAAUCCAUGACACAUAUCGUGAAAUAAUAAUUUUGCUAAGAUCACGUGGUGCUAAUCUUUGGGAUUUGAAAGCAAAAUUUCUUUUGAGCUACGAACAGUUUGUGAUUUAUUCUAAUAAUAUAGCUUCCAAGGCUAACGCUGAUAUCAUUUUAAGCCAGGAGCUGAUAUCAGAUAUUAAUUUGUUUAAUAGAUUAAAUAAACAAAGCUGGAUUGAUUUUAUUUUGCAAAGCUACAAAGUAUUUGUGAUGGAUAGUUGUUUUUUCGAAUGUGUCUGCAUCAGUUGCCAACCGAGAGAUGUCUUGAAAAUUCUCAUUGAUUGGUUCAAUGAUAAUAUAGCACAUCAACAUACAGCGUUGCGUGGUAAGGGCAAACCAGUCAGGGUGAUUAAUAACAUUACAACUGACUUAACGGACGGUAUCGCUUUCAUAUCUUCUAUAAUGAAUUACUGCCCUUUUUUGAAUAAUCAUUUUGCAUUAUUCUGUGAUAUCGAUGAGACUGACGAAGAAGGUAUGAUCAUUAAUAACGCCUGCCUUAUAAUAGAAGCUAUAAAUGUGUUGCGACUGUAUUUUCCGAUAAGCAGUAAAGAUUUUCUCCAACCGAAUUUUUUGCUCAUGCUAUUUUUUUCAAUUCAUUUAUACGUAACCCUACCAAUGUUCAAGCCAAGAGACACUGUAGAGUUCAAUCCGCCAAUAUUGAGAACUUCAACACGUCAACUUGCGAUCAGUCCAACAAGUCAAGAAUCGCUAACAUUCUACCAUAUUAUUCUCAACAAUACUAGAAACAAUUUCAAUGUGGAGAAAGUUGCCGCGUCAGAAAACGGGAAGAAAAUGUUUUUGAGCGUAAAAUAUACCGCAAACUUUGUCCAGAAAGAAAGAGCUAUACUUCUUGUACAUGGGUACAAUAAAACAAGAAUUUUCGACACGUACAUAGUUUUUAUUCUACAUGGUAACGCUGGUCUGCUUAAUCCUCUCAGAAAGUGUAGAGUGACUGGUCAUUUGUACCGUCCUAGCCGUGUAGAUUUCUUGGUGUCUUCUCCUUUCCAGGUGAAUGCUACAUUCAAGCUGUUCCUAACGGACGUUGACCCUACAUUGCCAUGGGAGUUCCAGGAAGAAGUAAAACCGCGUUUCUAUUUACGUCGUCUGACUCUUAUAGAUAAGGAGGUUUCACUAAGCGGUUUGCCGAAAGAAACUGGACAAGAUGUGCAAGAGCAAAAAGUAUACCUCCAGCUAAUUUGUCUUAGCACACAAGUUGGAAAUUCUUGGAUUUGGUUCAGAAGCGAAGUGGGCGAAUUUUUUAUCAAAGUAACGACACAGGCUCGUUGGGAUUUAGCAAUAGAUACACUACAGUCGAAAGUACAAACAUGGCCCUUGGAUCCUUGUAGCUGCGGUGAAGCAUGUGAAUGCUACAGGACAACUGUCAUAACAAUUCCUCACAGAAAUGAAUUAAUGCUUAAAGCAUUACGUUACUCACUACUGGAGUAUGCAUCGGAAACCAUGAUGCAAAUUUAUGAUAAACUAAUUGAAACACCGACCGGAAAAAUAAUCUUAGGCAUGUUACUAGAUGAAGGCGGAACGAAUACAUCAGAGUUACUGCAUAUUUUGCGUGGAGAAAAUACUUAUCGCAUAUCGUCGAAGUCUCUUAUACCGCGCAUAGAGCGAGCGACUUUAUCCCAACAUACGAACGCCAUAUUACCGAUCCAAGUCACCAUACCGGCGCAUGAUACCCUAGAAAAGUAUUCUUUAACCUUGACUUCGGACUGUGGCAUGGAUAUACGUACUUACCGAAUUAUCUUUAUAGAACCAAUGAAUAGCGAGUAAACAUAAUUAAUUAUCUCUCAUUUUCGGAAAUAAUUUAUACUGUUAUUGUAAGCUUCUUUUAAAUAAACCAGUUAUAUUUGAGAUAUAGCAAA